GCUGUCGCCGAGCCGCUAUCGCAGAGUGGAGUGAGGCUGCGAGCUGAACCCUGAGGACGCCCGGUACCCCGGCAGCCUCGCCCCGUUGCAAGUCCCGCCCGCGCCGCCACCCGCCCGUCCGCAGAGAACCAUGGCGUCUGGCAGUACUACCGCCAGUGAGGAAGAGCGGAGUCUCCGGGAAUGUGAGAUCUAUGUUCAGAAGCACAACAUCCAGGCCCUGCUAAAGGAUUCGAUUGUGCAGUUGUGCACAGCUCGACCCGAGAGACCCAUGGCAUUCCUUCGGGAAUACUUUGAGAGGCUGGAGAAGGAGGAGGCAAAACAGAUUCAGUAUCUACAGAAGAGUGGCACGCGCACCGACUCCAGGGAGGAUGAAAUCUCUCCUCCUCCUCCCAACCCAGUGGUGAAGGGCCGUCGGCGCCGUGGUGCUAUCAGUGCUGAGGUUUACACAGAGGAAGAUGCUGCAUCCUAUGUUAGAAAGGUUAUACCAAAAGACUAUAAGACAAUGGCUGCUUUGGCCAAAGCCAUCGAAAAGAAUGUGCUGUUUUCACACCUUGAUGAUAAUGAGAGAAGUGACAUUUUUGAUGCCAUGUUUCCAGUCUCCUUUAUUGCUGGAGAGACGGUUAUUCAACAAGGUGAUGAAGGGGAUAACUUCUAUGUGAUUGAUCAAGGAGAAAUGGAUGUCUAUGUCAAUAAUGAAUGGGCAACCAGUGUUGGGGAAGGAGGGAGCUUUGGAGAACUGGCUUUGAUUUAUGGAACACCUAGAGCAGCCACUGUCAAAGCAAAGACAAAUGUGAAACUGUGGGGCAUUGACCGAGACAGCUAUCGGAGAAUCCUCAUGGGAAGCACUCUGAGAAAGAGGAAGAUGUAUGAAGAAUUCCUUAGUAAAGUGUCUAUUUUAGAGUCUCUGGACAAGUGGGAGCGUCUCACAGUGGCUGAUGCAUUGGAGCCUGUUCAGUUUGAAGAUGGACAGAAGAUUGUGGUGCAGGGAGAACCAGGGGAUGAGUUCUUCAUUAUAUUAGAGGGCACAGCGGCUGUGCUGCAGCGUCGGUCAGAAAACGAGGAGUUUGUUGAAGUGGGACGACUGGGGCCUUCUGAUUAUUUCGGUGAAAUUGCCCUGCUGAUGAAUCGUCCCCGGGCUGCCACAGUGGUUGCACGUGGCCCUUUGAAGUGUGUUAAGCUGGACCGGCCUCGGUUUGAGCGUGUCCUUGGCCCAUGCUCAGAUAUCCUCAAGCGAAACAUCCAGCAGUACAACAGCUUUGUGUCGCUGUCCGUCUGAGACCCACCUCUGUGCCUCUCUUCCCCGUCCAUGCUUCACUCCUGCAGACUGCUUUCUCUCUCUCCGCAGCGCCAAGUGGCCACUGGCUUCACAGCUUCUGUCUCUUUAUACUACAAGUUGCUUUAUUGCACCAUUUUUUCAUUUGGAGCAUUAACUGAAUGCUCAUUCACAAAUAAAUAGAGAGUUCUAUGGACUUGGCUCUUACCGCUUCUCUCUGUGCAGUGCUAGUGUUCCACCUGGGCAGUGAGCGCCAUGCUUUUUGGUGAGGGCGGUCCUGCACCAGUGAGUUACCAUAAUGACGUAAUAACAGUGCAGGGGUUUUAAGUGACACAAAUUUCCAUUUCCAUAUGACACAAGUGACAUACUUAGACUGUGGCCAUGUUUGCUGUAUUUCUUUAUAGAAUAAAUGAUUUUUAACCUUUAAAAAAUGGUUAUAAGAAAAUCCUAGUACAGUAGAAAGACAUCUGCCUGUAAUUCAACUAGUUGAAGUGUGGGAAAUGCCCAUGUUUUGCUAAUUACCAGACAGAAACUAGUGCAGCCCCAUCAGCCUGGUUUUGUUUGUAUAUUGCUAGUGUUUCUUCUCCAGUCCCAAAAUAUUUGAUGUGACUGACUGUACCUGCCUUUUACGUUUGAAACAAGUUGUCGAUGGCAACUGCUGGGUUGUGACAACUCCAUCUGUCUCAGCUCACAGACUCUGAUGGUAGCUACUCAUCCAGCUGGUGCCAAAUACUGAUGAUGAUGUGCAGAACUGUGAGUGAGAAUUGAGGGCUACACCCUGUUAACUGUGCUAACUGGUGUGAGUGGCCCGCAGUCACUGACUCUAGGAGAUUGGAUUUAGGGAGAAUAGACAGAGACAGGACAAGCCCCAGAUAAAGAAGUGGAGGCAGUGUUGCUGAAGGUGGGUGGGGUCAGGUGUCCACAGACAGGAAACUUUGUUCUUGAGGUAGUCUCUCUCCCUGGUUUAUGUUAAUGAGGGUGGGUAGGAUGGCUCAGACCAUCCUGUUGAGGGUCCUGCCUUUUCCUGUCUAACCUUGAAUUUCUCUGGUAAACUUUAUGAAUUUUUGUUUGUGUGUGUCUUUGUGCGUUUUUUUUUUUAAAGUCAACUUGUGUUUGAGUCUUCACUGUAUUUCAGUAUUUUCCAGCCUUAUGUGUUACAUUAUUCCAAUGAUAACCCAACAGUUUAUUUUUAUUACUGUUAUUUUUUAAACAGAAUUUCACAGUUGGUUACUAGGCACGUUGUGAUUUAUGUGCAUUGUCGGGUUCUGUAUGGGAGUGACUACAAGCAUUUUUCGUGUGCGUGCCAGUGCUUCUGUUCAGUAAGCCCCUCCUACCCGUUCCCAGUUAACUUAAUUGGUUCAUUUUUUUUUCUUGAUAGCUUGAAAAGCUUUUAGGUUGUCACUGACUUGGGAAAGAAGUUUCAUUUAGAUUUUAGUGUGGGGUAAAAAGCUACCUUGUUGCUGUUUCUAAAAUUUUCAUAACCUAUAUUAAAUGAGGGUUUUCUGUACUUUUGUGUUUGGCUAUCUUUUUUAUAUUUAAAAAAAUAAAAAUUAUUAUGUUAUUAGAUUAAAGCUUAAUUUGAUAUUUGUUUAAAUGCCAAAAUGUACUUAAAUGAAUGAUGUAGAAUGCCAUAAAAUGCAUUUUCAUGUGUAUAUAUCCCCUUUGUUCUUGUAUACAGAGAUACACCCCUGCUUUCUAGAGAGUUCUACUCAAAUGCUAGCUUGCUGGUUACUCCCUUUGUAGUUUUCACUCUUAGACUUUUCAAGAUAAGUCUAAAUUUAAAAAUUACCACAUUUAAAGCUUUAUCAUUGUGCAAUUUAAAUAUCAGUCAGCAGUCAUGGUUGGCAGACUGUGUCUUUGUGGACUCCAGGCACCAUUAUCUCUGGAUGGAUGAGUGACUUUGGAUCUGCUGAGAAAGCGGAGAUAGCCAAAGGGACAGUGGUCUGAUAUACGGUGUGCUAAUCUAAUAUACGCUGUUCUUUUGUUAAAGACUGUCUCAAUGGUAGGUAAUGGAAUAAAAGAGAUUAAAUAAUUUAAAUUCUUAAAUGAA